AUGGCGGACGCCGAGCCCCUCUACGUCUACAAGUUGAUCCCGUCGACAUCUCCGGUCCGGGAACCUCUCCCCGAUCGGUUGCCGGUUAGCGAGCUGGAUGAGAAAUCGGGAUUCGUACACCUCUCCACAGCAUUUCAAGUACCAAAUACUCUCAAAAUGUUUUUCAAAGAUGAGCCGCUGGUCUACGUGCUCAGGAUUCCCUUUGAGGGCAUAGCCGGCCAGGUCCGGUGGGAAAAUCCUGAGGGGACGGUCUGCGGGCCGCGACCGAAAGAGGGCCUGUUCCCACUGGGUAAGGAUGAGAUAGAGACUGUUGCUAUCUGGAAGAAUGAUGAGGGCUGGGAUAAAGCCCUCCUGCAGGCAAAACCAUGGCUGCUGUAUUGA